AUGGUAUCACCCAAACAACCCAAUAUAAUUCUUCUGCCAAAUCUCAAUCUCGUCUCCUACUCAUCGAAACGAAACAAUGAAGAUGUAUAUCCUGCUAUGGGCUUAACUCAAAUCUUCAAUCGCAAGAUUCAAUCGCCACGUCCGGUGCUUGUGAGUGAAGAAAAAAUGGUGUUAUUGACUGAGAAGAAUUUCAGCAACUUUAUCACUCAGAAUCAGCAAGUAAUGGUGGUUUUUUACUCAUCACAGUACUUCUGGAGAAAUAGACUGUCACCAAAAUCUUCAGCAGCGGCCAUGAAACGUAAGGGCAAUCUGGUGGUUGCCAAAGUGGAUGCUGAAAAAGAAAAACUGUUGGCAAAGAAGUACAAGAUUGGGAAUUAUCCUACGACGAAUGGAGAUUCUGGGAUAUCUGCAUUCUCUGAAGAGAACAACAUAUUCUGCUGGAAAGGUACAUUCCAUGGAAAAAAGACAGUUUCUGAAGGCACAAAGUACAAGUUAUCCCUUUCUUUCCCAAGCGAUUAUCCAUUGAAGCCUCCCAAGGUGAAGUUUGAAACCGAUUGCUUCCGUCCGAAUGUUGAUGUCUAUGGCAAUAUUUUGGACAUUCUUCAGGAUAAAUCGUCAUGGGCUUAUGAUGUGAGAACAAUCCUGAUAUCCGUGCAGAGCUUGCUUGGAUAACCAAACAUCAGCUUUCCUCUAAAUAGCCAAGCAGCACAGCUAUGGAGCAAUCGAGAAGGUAUGCGCAGAGAGAUGAAACUAUUUCUAUUGGUCAUUUUCUAGUAACUCGAUAUGGGGUUUGUUUAUUCAUUGCCCUCUAAGAUUGUUUUAUAUAUUCAGAGUGUUUAAUACUGAUCGGUC